CCACUGCCAGAAGAGAGCUUCAGACAUAGGAUACAUACACUCAGGUGAGGAGCUGCAGCAAGAGGCUUGGAUUUAUCACCAGAGACACCAGUGACAAUGGCCUGCCUAUUCCCCAGAGCCCUGGGACCUCUAGCCCUCCUGAUGGUGGUGCUACUGGUACACGGGGAAAUGUAUUUAAAGCCAGCAGGACAGCACGGAGAAGACGGGGAAGCAUUGCAGCUGGCCAAAAGAAGGUACAAACGUGAAUGGGUGAAAUUUGCAAAGCCCUGCAGAGAAAGAGAAGACAACUCGAAACGAAACCCAAUUGCCAAGAUCACUUCAGAUUUUCAAAAAAACCAGAAAAUUACCUACCGCAUUUCUGGAGUGGGAAUUGAUCAGCCCCCUUUUGGGAUCUUUGUUGUUGACCCAAACAGUGGUGAUAUCAACAUAACGGCCAUAGUUGAUCGUGAGGAAACCCCAAGCUUCCUGAUCACAUGCCGAGCACUAAAUGCCCUGGGACAGGAUGUAGAGAGACCACUUAUAUUAACAGUGAAAAUUUUAGAUGUCAAUGACAAUCCUCCAAUAUUUUCACAAACCAUAUUCAAUGGUGAAAUCGAAGAAAACAGUGCUUCAAAUUCUCUGGUAAUGAUUCUAAACGCCACGGACGCAGAUGAGCCAAACCAUAUGAAUUCUAAAAUCGCCUUCAAAAUUGUCUCCCAGGAGCCCGCGGGCAUGCCCAUGUUCCUCAUCAGCAGAAACACCGGAGAAGUCCGCACUUUGACCAGUUCCCUUGAUCGAGAGCAAAUUAGUAGCUACCAUCUGGUUGUGAGUGGCGCAGACAAUGAUGGAACAGGACUGUCGACUCAGUGUGAAUGUAGUAUUAAAAUUAAAGAUGUAAACGACAACUUCCCGGUGCUCAGAGACAGUCAGUAUUCGGCGCGUAUUGAGGAAAAUACUUUGAAUGCAGAGUUACUCCGAUUUCAAGUGACAGACUGGGAUGAAGAAUAUACAGAUAAUUGGCUGGCUGUCUAUUUCUUUACCUCUGGGAAUGAGGGGAAUUGGUUUGAAAUUGAAACAGAUCCUAGAACCAAUGAAGGCAUCCUGAAGGUGGUUAAGGCUCUGAAUUAUGAACAGACCCAAAGCAUGCAAUUUAGUAUUGGCGUCAGAAAUAAAGCGGAGUUCCACCAGUCAGUGAUCUCUCAGUACCGAGUGCAGCCAACUCCAGUCAUAAUUCAAGUCGUUGAUGUCCGAGAGGGAAUUUCAUUCCAUCCUCCUUCCAGGAAAUUUACUGUGCAAAGGGGUGUAAGCAUUAACAAAUUAGCUGGUUACAUCCUGGGGACAUACCAAGCUACUGACGAGGACACGGGUAAAGCUGCCUCCUCUGUCAGAUAUGUCCUGGGUCGUAAUGAUGGUGGUUUGCUUGUUAUUGAUUCAAAAACUGCUCAGAUCAAAUUUGUCAAAAACAUCGACCGGGAUUCUACUUUCAUAGUUAACAAGACAAUCUCUGCUGAGGUUCUGGCCAUAGACGAAAACACUGGUAAGACCUCCACAGGCACAGUAUAUGUGGAAGUGCCCAGUUAUAAUGAAAACUGUCCGUCAGUUGUCCUUGAGAAGAAAGAGAUCUGCACUUCCUCACCGUCUGUGACCCUCUCAGUGAGAACCCUGGACAGGAGUAAAUACACUGGCCCCUACACAGUGUCGCUGGAGGAGCAGCCGCUGAAGCUGCCAGUCGAGUGGACCAUCACGACGCUGAAUGCUACCUCAGCACUUCUACGAGCCCAGCAGCAAGUGUCUCCAGGAGUGUACAAUGUCCCAGUCAUCGUGAAGGACGAUCAGGGUGGGCAGUGUGACACACCAGAGAGUGUAACCCUGACAGUGUGUCAGUGUGACGACCGAAACAUGUGCAGAGCCCCUGGCCCGAGCAGAGUGCCUUUCAUAAAUGAGGAGUCUUCCUGGAGGCUGGGGCCUGCUGCUAUUGGCUUGAUCCUGCUAGGACUCCUGAUGUUGCUAUUGGCCCCACUUCUGCUUCUGACCUGUGACUGUGGGUCAGGUCCCAUUGGAGGAGCAGCGACAGGUGGCUUUAUCCCAGUGCCUGAUGGUUCAGAAGGAACGAUUCAUCAGUGGGGAAUCGAAGGCGCUCAGCCAGAAGACAAGGAAAUGACAAAUAUUUGUGUUCCUCCGGUCACAGCCAAUGGAGCAGAUUUUAUGGAAAGCUCUGAAGUUUGCACAAAUACCUAUGCUGGAGGGACCAUGGUAGAAGGUGCUUCAGGAAUGGAAAUGACUACCAAGCUGGGAGGAGCUACUGGAUCAGGAGCUGCAGUGGCACUGGGCCCCUGUUCCCUGGGUCAUUCAGGAACGAUGAGAACGAGGCAUUCCACUGGAGGGACCUUGAAGGACUAUGCUGCACCAGUGAACAUGACUUUCCUAGGCUCCUACUUCUCUCAGAAAUCAUUCGCCUAUGCCGAGGAAGAGGAUGAGCGCGAAGUGAAUGACUGUUUGCUGAUCUAUGAUGACGAAGGCGAGGAUGCUGCCCCCCAUUCUCCCACCCUCAGCUCCUGCAGCUUUUUUGCCGACGACCUAGACGACAACUUCUUGGACUCCCUUGGCCCCAAAUUUAAAAAGCUUGCAGAGAUCUGUCUCGGUAUUGAUGAUGAAGCCAAGCAAGCAAAGCCAGGCCCUAAAGACAGUGGUUCGGGGGCUGACACCUGCGCUCGCUCUAUGGAAGUCCCUCAGGCAGGUUCUAACAGGUAUCAGACUUUGCCUGGUGGUCUGGAAGUCACCCAAUCGGGUUCUAACCGGCACCAGACUUUGCCUGGCAGUCUGGAAGUCACUCAGUCGGGUUCUAACAGGUACCAGACUUUGCCUGGCAGUCUGGAAGUCACCCAAACAGGUUCUAAAAUGAGCCACAUGUUGCCUGGCAACCAAGAUACUCCUGUUUUGUCCACUUCUGGGUCUGUCCAGCCUGCUAUUGCCAUCCCUGACCCUCUACAGCUUGGUAACUACUUGCUCACAGAAACUUACUCAACUUCAGGUUCCUUUAUGCAACCCACCACUGCCACCUUUGACCCACGUGUCACCCAAAAUGUCACCGUAACAGAAAGGGUCAUUUGCCCCCUUCCAAGUGCCUCUGGCAGCAUAGUGGCUCCCACGGAGCUGCGAGGCUCAUACAGUAUGCUCUAUACAAAAGAAGCCUGUUCCCAUCUAUGACCAAAGCAAACUGGGAAAAACAUUCCAGGCAAAUCUGGAUAUUUGUAAUUACAUGUCUUUUUGAAAUCUAGCCCUGCUGGUACUGUUGGACUAAUUUGUCUUUUAGUGGAUAAUCUCCAAUCAUAAGUAUAAUUCAAAUAUUCUAAUUCAUAUAGAAAGCUGGGUAUGUUUUUAUUUCUAAUUAUCUGAUUUUUUCAAGGAGUAAACA